AUGCCAUCCGUGAUCAUCUGUGUCGCUUGUAAUCGACAUUUUUGCUGGAAUCAUUUUUGUGAACAUCGUGAAACCUAUGGAAAAUAUGUGGAUGAUGCUCGUAAUCAUCAACAACCUUUAUCCAAAUGUUUGGUCGAAUUUGAACAAAUUGAAAACAAACUUCGUUCGAGUAUCGACAAUUGGGAACGCCAAGCAGUUGAAGAUACUCGUCAAUCAGCCGACGACGCGAGAAAAACAUUAGAAAAUCUCAUCAAAAAUUAUCGAUCUCAUUUCGAGGAUGAAUCAUCGACUAUAAUAGAUAGCAGAUCAACACAUCGAGAUGCUCAAUUAGUUCGAUUGGAAAAAUUACAAAAUGAAUAUGUUCAUUCAUUGGAAAGUAUACAUAUUGUUCCACAUUAUAAUCAAAAACGUACAUUGGAAAUUGAAACAAUAAGUCCAAUAAAAGAAAGCUUUUCGUCAAAUCUAUGGAAAGAAGUGUCACCAAUUUGCGAUCCCAACAUGCCCAAGACACGAUUAGGCAAACGCCUCAUUGAGGAACCCCUAGCAGAAAGUUCAGUUGGCAAUUAUUGGGCAAUAGGUGCCUCAGAUGAAUAUUUACUGGCACAAGAAUAUGAAAAUAAGCAAUUGACAUUAUUUGAUCGACAUGGUAAACGAGGUAUAUCAAUGACUUGGCACUAUGAUGUGGUGGAGAGUGCUAUCGAUUUAAUUCAGAUCAGUUCUUGGAAUUUUCAGCAGCGAUGGUCAAGUCCUGUAACGUGUCGUGCAAAUGAAUUCAUCACAUGCAUUCAAUUAAAUUCAAAAGAUCAACUUGCUUUGAGUAUUCAAGAUGAAAACAAUCCACUCAAUCGACAAUUUCGUUUCGAACUUCGAGAUCUUACUCUUAAUACUCUACAUACUAUUUUCCUCGAUACGGACUCGGGUAUAUUCUCACGUAUGACUCCAUUACCUGAUGGUUAUUGGGCUUUAUUGAAUGUAGAUAACAAUUUAGUUUUUAUUCUCGAUGAAGAAGAAAAAGGUCUAUUAGAGCAAACACGUGUUUUACUUUGGUUGAAAAUGUCUAGUAAUGCAUUGAUUACUGGUGCUGCACAAGAUAUUGGACGUGCAAUUGCUUUUCGAUUAGCGAAAUAUAGUUUUAAUGUCGCUGUCAAUGAUAUUGAAAAGAAUUCUUUCAAACUUAAUCAAGUUAAACAGGAGAUCGAAAAUAUUGGAAGAAAGUCUGUUGCUAUUAUUGCUGAUGUUUCUCAAGAUAAACAAGUUCAAUCAAUGAUGAACAAUGUCAGAGAAAAACUUGGCAACUUAACGUAA